AUGUGUUCCCUCUCGUCCAGCGUGGAAUGGAUUCUGGAAAACCUCGGCGCCAGAAAUGCCCUCCAGUCUUACAGAUGGCCCCUGAGAACCCAAGAAGAAGAAAUUGCCCUUUCCGAUAUAGUAUUGACAGAGUACAAACUGAGCAAACUUGCGCAAGGGGAGAAAGUUAUCCAAGAGAAUAUGCGAAAUCUACAAAACCGAACCGACCCCGAGAAAGAAACCACAAGCUUAGAGCCACUGCUAAACGAGGAACUCCACGGCAUCGACCAGAAAUAUUAG